UGAAGAGAGCACACCUCUGAACAGACUAUGAAUGUGCUGUCGAACCCAGUGAUCAGGGCCCAGGAGCAGCCUCUACCUCUCUGUGGCCCCCGGUCAGUCCAGGACUUAACCCACUGCCCUCCAGGGUUCAACCUGAGCUCCCACCUAAAUUCGGCGCCCAUGCUUGGCCUCCAGAACGGCCAAAGACCAACCAAACCUCAGCGGGAGUUGAGCGCCGAAGAGCAGCAGGAGCUCAGGAGGAAGAUCAACAGCAGGGAGAGGAAGCGGAUGCAGGACUUGAACAUCGCCAUGGACGCCUUGAGGGAGGUCAUGGUGCCUUACGCCACCUCUCCGUCAUCCGCCUCCCCCCCUCAGUCCCACCAGCCCGGAGCUCCUCCGGGCCGCAGGCUCUCCAAGAUCUCCACCCUGGUUCUUGCCAGGAACUACAUCCUCCUCCUGAGUUCGUCCCUGCAGGAGAUGCGGCGGCUGCUGGGGGAGGUGAGCGUCGGGAUGGGGGUCAACGCAGGACCGAUCCCACGGCUGCUGCUCGCUGGAGGGUGGCCCCUCAUAUCGGGCCCCAGUCAGCUCCUCCUCACCCAGGAGUCCCUCCUCACCACAGCAGCCUCCUCCUCUUCCUCCGCUCCAUCGUCGUCUGCUGCCAAAUGUCCACUGCUGUCUCCGGGCCCCAUGGAGGCUGCGCUGGCUCCUGUGCAUUGGGGCUCUGCAGGGGCCUCAGGAGGGCCCCUGUGCCCCUGUGGUGUCUGCAGAUUGCCCAGAUUCAGCCACUCCACUCCGGCUCCGAGAUUUCCAAAGUGA